CUCAGGCAAUAUCCAUCAAUCCAAGCUAGCCAUUUCUCAGUCCUUCGAUACACAUCAAAACCAGCCAGCCAUGGGCAGCAACAAUGGUCUUAGGAGUGUGAUCAUUUGUGUCCUCAUACUGGGGCUAGUUCUGGAGCAGGUGCAAGUAGACGGCAAGAGUUGCUGCAAAACCACGAUGGCAAGAAACUGCUACAACGUCUGUCGUUUUGGAGGGGGUGCCCGACCAGUCUGCGCACGUAGUUGUGGUUGUAAAAUCAUUAAAGGCUCAACAUGUCCAAAUGGCUUUCCUACGAUGCACCUCCCUGACUCCCCAAUGGCAGGUGAACCAGAUGCCAUUAAGUACUGCAACAUAGGAUGUAGCUCUACUGUGUGUGACAAAAUGGACCAUGUUUUUCGCAGCGAAGAGAUGAAAAUCAACGUGGAACUCUGCCUCGAUGCAUGUGUGAGUUUCUGUAACGGGGAUGCUGCCGUUGAAUCAGUUGCAGCCUAAUCAUGCAUGCCCAUGCAGAUGUCCAAGGCCCAAGGUCAUGUCGCUACUUCGUGUUCAAUAAACUUGGAUCCAUAUAUAUCAAUCGUAUCCAAGCCAGUGUCGUGUUUUUCUAUAUGUGUGUCUCUCUUUCCUCAUUCCAAUAAGAAUCAUCAUGCACCAAUAAUAUAUUUGUAACCUUGGCAAAUUAAUAUAAUGCAACAACUAUGUAUUUUGUGUUA